AUGAAUAAUCCGGUAGCAUGGCAGCUCUGGGAUGCAGAGUCCAUCUCCCUGGCAAAGAAGCACAACCGGUUGGUGUUUUUGAGCAUCGGAUAUUCAGCAUGGUGCCAUGUCAUGGAGAAGGAGUCUUUCAUGUCACCUGAGGUGGCUGCAAUUCUCAAUGAGUCGUUCGUUCCGAUCAAGAUCGACCGGGAAGAGCGACCAGAUAUCGACGAUGUCUACAUGAACUAUGUCCAGGCCACCACUGGAUCCGGCGGCUGGCCUUUGAAUGUCUUUCUCACCCCAGACCUGGAGCCAGUCUUUGGCGGCACCUACUGGCCCGGCCCUAAUUCGUCGACCCACACAGGACCGGAUACCAUUGGGUUCGUCGAGAUCUUGGAGAAACUGCGCGAUGUGUGGCAAACACAACAGGAGCGCUGUCUGGAAAGUGCCAAAGACAUCACGAAGCAGUUGCGGGAGUUUGCCGAGGAAGGAACACACUCGCAACAUGCGGACCGGGAUGGUGAUGAGGACCUGGACAUUGAGCUGUUGGAAGAAGGGUAUCAACAUUUCGUGUCUCGAUACGACUCCAUCAACGGGGGAUUUGGCAGGGCACCAAAGUUCCCUACACCAGCCAACCUGAGCUUUCUUCUGCGACUCGGUGCCUACCCCAGCCAGGUGACCGAUAUUGUGGGACAGGACGAGUGCGAAAAGGCCACUGCAAUGGCGGUCACGACCCUAGUCAAUAUGGCUCGAGGCGGAAUUCGGGAUCAUAUCGGCCAUGGGUUUGCUCGCUAUAGUGUGACCCCUGACUGGAGCGUACCUCACUUUGAGAAGAUGUUGUACGACCAAGCACAGUUGCUGGAUGUCUACGUUGAUGCUUUCCGGCUAACGCAUGAACCCGAACUAUUGGGUGCCGUCUAUGACUUGGCCACCUACUUGACGACUGCUCCCAUGCAGUCGCCCACGGGAGGAUUCUUCUCGUCGGAAGAUGCAGACAGUUUCCCUAGCCCCAACGACACGGAAAAGCGAGAGGGUGCUUUCUACGUCUGGACCCAAAAGGAGCUCAUCCAGGUGCUGGGCCAGCGAGACGCCGGAGUGUGCGCCCGGCACUGGGGUGUCUUGGCAGAUGGGAAUGUGGCACCAGAGUACGACCCUCAUGACGAGUUUAUGAACCAGAAUGUGUUGUCCGUUCGUGCUACCCCCAGCAAGCUCGCCAAAGAGUUUGGACUCAGUGAAGAUGAGGUGGUGAAGGUCAUCAAGACCGGGAAGCAGAAACUCCGCGACUACCGCGAGAAGACGCGAGUGCGGCCAGACCUGGACGACAAGAUCAUUGUGGCCUGGAAUGGCCUGGCGAUCGGUGCGCUGGCUAAGUGCAGUGUGCUGUUCGAGGAGAUCGAGAGCUCCAAGGCGGUGCAGUGCAGAGAAGCCGCCGCGAAAGCGAUCAGCUUCAUCAAAGACAACCUGUUCGAGAAGGCCACUGGACAACUGUGGCGUAUCUAUCGGGAUGGUAGCCGUGGAGACACCCCUGCUUUCGCGGAUGAUUAUGCGUACCUCACUAGUGGACUGCUGGACAUGUACGAAGCCACCUUUGAUGACAGCUACCUCCAGUUCGCUGAACGCCUACAAAAGUAUCUGAAUGAAUACUUCAUUGCCCAGACGGGUUCUAAGACUGCUGGGUACUACACCACCUCGUCGAUGUCGACCCCCGGCAUGCCUGGUCCGCUACUCCGUCUGAAGACCGGCACCGAGUCAGCCACGCCGUCCGUUAAUGGUGUUAUCGCGCGCAAUUUGCUGCGUCUGGCCGCGCUAGUCGAGGAAGACGGCUACCGCACCCUGGCACGAGAGACCUGCAAUUCAUUCUCCGUGGAGAUCAUGCAGCACCCGUUCCUGUUUGUGGGCAUGUUGGAUGUCAUCGUGGGACUCCAGAUUGGCACUCGCACCGUGACGGGCGUGUUCUGCACCGCCGAUGUCUCCUCGUUGCCCGGGCGCGAGGAAGGUCUGCUCAGUCGCGCCGACGAGCCCACGUCGGCACGCGAUCUGAUCAUUCAGCGUGUGCGUGCCGAAGCUGGGCACGCGUUGUCGCCAUCCCGGACGACGACUUCGCUCGUGGAUGUGCGGCCGUCGCACUUGAAGGACUUUGUGGGGAACCAGAGCUUCUGGUUGAAAUCGCGUAAUCCGCUGUUCAAGGAGCUCAAGGCGGCCGAGCCGCCUAAGAACUACAUGCUUGUGUGUGAGAGUGGAAAGUGCAAAAGUGUUGAUCUUUAG